AUGGCUGCAGUUGAUGGAACUGAUAUCACUCCUGAAAAGAAUGGCGGUGUUUUGAAAAAAAUAUUAGUGGAAGGAAAAGGGGAACAUCGUCCUUCAAAGGGUGAUAGUGUGUAUGUGCAUUAUGUAGGAAUUCUUGAAAAUGGCGAGCAGUUCGAUUCGAGCCGUGAUCGUAAUGAACCAUUCAACUUCACCUUGGGCAACGGGCAGGUUAUCAAAGGAUGGGAUCUUGGUGUUGCGACAAUGAAAAAGGGCGAGAAAUGUGAUCUCAUUUGUCGGGCCGAUUAUGCCUAUGGUGAAAAUGGUAGCCCACCAAAAAUUCCUGGCGGUGCUACACUUAAAUUUGAAAUUGAAUUACUGAGCUGGCAAGGGGAAGAUAUUUCGCCAGAUCGAGAUGGUACAAUCACCCGAUCAAUCAUUGUAGAGGGUGAGAAAUAUUCAAGUCCUACUGAGGGUUCAACUGUUAAAGUAUGUGCCGUUGGUUCAUACAAUGGUCAAGUGUUCUACGAUAAGGAAGUCAGCUUCAUUUUGGGAGAAGGUUCUGAGGUGGGUCUACCGGAAGGUGUUGACCGCGCUCUCCGCCGAUUCAACAAAGGCGAAAAGUCCAUAAUUCAUCUCAAAGGCAGCCGUUUCACUUUUGGUGCUACUCCACCUCCAGAAUAUGGUUUACCGCCUCAUGCUGAAAUUGAUUUCACUUUGUUCCUCAAGGAAUAUGAUAAGGUAAAGGCGUCAUGGGAAUUGACUGGUGAAGAAAAGCUUGAUGCUGCAGAAGCUGCGAAAGAAAGGGGUACUAUGUUUUUCAAACAAGGCAAGAUGCGCCUUGCAGCUGCAAAAUAUAUGCGCGUUAUUGAGUUGUUGGAAUAUGAAAAAUCAUUAGAAAAUGAAGCCAAAAGCAGACGGGAUGCGCUGUUGCUUGCUGGUUACCUUAACAGCGCCCUCGUAUAUGCGAAGCAAGAUGAAACAGUGGAAUGUAUAAAGAAUUGUGACAAAGCACUAGAAGUUGAUCCGAAAUGUGUGAAAGCAUUAUAUCGAAAGGCUUUGGCACUUCAAGAGCAAAACGAUGCUGAUGAAGCAAUUAUUGAGUACAAAAAAGUACUAGAAUACGAACCUGACAACAAGGCAGCGAUAGCGCAAAUAGCGGCAUGUAAGAAAAAGUUGGCAGAGAUUCGUGAGAAAGAGAAAAAGCGAUAUAAGGGAAUGUUCGAAAGAUUUGCUGCUAAAGAAAAGGUUGAAACGAAUGAAGAUUUGGAAACUGCAAGCCCAAAAUCGGAAGUGGUGAAUUGA